GCACGCGGCUAGCAAACAGUUGCUACAAAUACGUAUGUUUCGUACAAUACCCGCCAUUAGCAAUAAUUGGACUUCCAGCGUGCAUGCCGGGAGUGAGCAGACGUCAUGUACACGAGGGUGGUGGGGAGCUUCUUAAAGGCUAAAAGACACAAAAUUCCUUCACGUCUGGAAGCAGAUUUAGCUUGCAGAGGCUUACUUUGAAGAACUGACUAUUUUUGGUGCUUUUCAUUCAAAAUGAACAUUCAAAGGGCAACAUCGUUUUUAUGUUUGAUGAUUCUGUGCGUGGACGUCUGUCGAGGCCAGAAAGACUGCACAGGUGUGGACUGCCCUGCUCUGCAGAACUGCAUCGAAACAGUUUUAGAGAAAGGUGCCUGUUGUCCCACCUGCACACAAAGGGGCUGCACCUGUGAGGGCUACCAGUACUACGACUGUGUCCAAGCAGGCUUCCAGAAAGGGAAAGUCCCAGAGGGGGAGGCUUACUUUGUGGAUUUCGGAAGCACUGAAUGCUCUUGUCCCCAGGGAGGAGGGAAGAUAAGCUGUCAUUUUAUUAUUCCCUGCCCUGAAAUUCCCCCCAACUGCAUUGAGAUUUUACAGCCUCAAGAUGGAUGUGAAGAAUGUGGGCGAAUUGGCUGUACCCAUGGCAACAAGAAGUAUGAGGCGGGACACUCCUUUCAGUUAGACCAAUGCCAGGUUUGCCACUGUCCAAAUGAAGGUGGGAGCUUAAUGUGCUCACCUAUCCCCGGCUGUGACCCUCGUAGUGUUAAUAAGCCCAUGCGGGUAACCACCAUUGAGAACAACAACCCUUUGAGAGACAUUAGCAGCCAUCACAACGGCCAAAAAACAAGCUUUGUAGAACCGUUUUCCAAGCUGGCACUGGGAAACACUCUACCGCUGUAUAAGCAGGACCCACCCAGUUCUGGCACACAGAAUUAUGACUACACACUGGCAGAGCCGGCGACGUCUUCCACUAGUCAAGAUCUGGCUCAACCACUGGAAUCUACUACAGUACCACCAGUUUACCCAGAGUCAAGCUCCGCCACCUUCAGCUCUCAGGAUGACAGGAGACAUGAGCUGAAAGAAAAGCAGAAAAGCCCAAACCCACAAAGGAGCAGCGAGGAUGAGGUUACACAUAGCAUGGGUCCAACCACUGCAGGGGCUCAAAGCAAAACAUUAACACCACUGGCAAGUACAACCACACAGAGAGUAACCACAGAGGGCCACAGGCCACAAGAGGAAACGGGAGAAAUUACCAUGAGACAUAACAGCGACAGAAAAAAAGUGGUCCAGGAGGCUUUAAGAGACACGGCUUACACUGCCCGCUCCAACACUGGAGUCUUUGGCCAGCACAAACACAGUCAGCGUAGCCGGAACAGGAGUCACGGCAGCUCCCAUUCUGUCAACCGUAAAGGCCAAGAAAAAGUGUCUGUGGAGCGCAGGCAGUCUGGUGAACAAGGUUCCUACCCCACAGUCCAGUUCAGUCCAACCAACAGAGCUCCAGUCAGGGUGAGAGAGGACAGUGACAAGCCUCAAAGACAACCUCAAACCCUCUACAACUACCAUUCUCAGGAUGUGGAAGGAGACACAGAAGUGUCUGCCAAGGAGCUGGUGAAGACCUGCUGUGAGACAGGGGAGAAAUGGGCUUCAGUUAAUGGUCACUGCAACAACAUGGAGCCUCCCACUAAAGACAGGCACUCUAUAUGCUGGACUGCCCAACAACAGUGCUGCCUCGGUUCCCUGAGAGAAAGUCGGUGUUUGGCUGGAAUGAAUGCGGCCAAAGCUGGGAGUGUGUGUGAAGAGGACGCCAGCAAUAAAUGUGGAGUUGAUUCCUACAAGGAGUGCUGUGGCUGCUGCUCUCUUGGGCUGCAGUUCCGCAGUGAGGGGCAUCGCUGCGAAGCCCACCAGUACCUGGGUUUCCACUGCAGACACAUCCUUCUAACCUGCUGCGAGGGGAAGGACGGAAGGACUGGGAAUCAAGAUGGCUGGCACACUGUUAGAGAGAGACCUGCUCUGGACUCCACUACCCCGCCUAAAAAAGUAUCUGACAGCCCGUACCCGAAAGAGGCCUUCUCCAUUGGUGAGGAGCAGGAUGGGGGGAAUGCAGCUGAGGGUCCUGUUGAGGUGGAGGACAUGGAUGAGUGCUUGAUUCAUGAGGGCAACAUCUGCCACCACAGAUGUAUCAACACGCUAGGCUCCUUCCGAUGCGAGUGCUUCCCUGGCUACGUGCUUCAAGCGGAUGCUUACACUUGUGCACCAGGGACGGUGGAUGAGGAGAACAGACUGCAGGAGGUCGACAGAGCGGCGGCGCAGCCCACCUCAACACUUCCACCUCCCACCCAGCCUGCUCUCCCACUCGACCCCUGUGAAGGAAACAGCAUCUGUGAGCAACAGUGCACCCCGGUGGGCGGAAGGCCACAGUGCUCUUGUUUUCCUGGAUUCUCCCUCAGAGCUGAUGGACGCACAUGUGAAGACAUAAAUGAGUGUUUGUCUGCACGUGCCUGCCAGGUGAAUGAACGCUGCAUGAACACCGCGGGGAGUUAUGUCUGUCAGAGACUGAUCACCUGCCCCCCUGGAUACCAGAUCAACAAUGACCUUUGUGAAGACGUUAAUGAGUGCGUGCUGGGAAGCCACAACUGUGGAGCUGGCUUCCAGUGUGUAAAUACAGAGGGCUCGUUCAGGUGCAAUCCCAACCCUCGCUGUCCUGCAGGCUUUAAACAGGACCAACAGGGCAGCUGUGUAGAUGUUGAUGAGUGUGGUGCCUUGACCCCACCGUGCAGUCCAGCGUUUAACUGCAUCAACACAGUGGGGUCCUACAUAUGCAACAGGAAGAUAAUCUGUAGCCGUGGCUAUCAUUCCAGUCCUGAUGGAUCCAGAUGUGUUGAUGUGGAUGAAUGUGAGGACAGCCUGCAUCGAUGUGGAGAGGGUCAGCUGUGCCAUAAUUUGCCUGGUUCUUAUCGUUGUGAAUGCCAGACAGGCUAUCAGUAUGACUCAUUCAGGAGGAUGUGUGUGGAUGUAAACGAGUGUUGGCGCUACCCCGGCCGUCUGUGUGCCCAGACCUGUGAGAACACCCCAGGCUCCUAUGAAUGCUCGUGUACCUCUGGUUUCCGCUUAUCUAGUGAUGGCAAGAACUGUGAAGAUAUGAAUGAGUGUCUGGGCAGCCCAUGCAGUCAGGAGUGUGCCAACAUCUACGGUUCCUACCAGUGCUACUGCAGACAGGGCUACUACCUCAGGGAGGAUGGGCACACCUGUGAAGACAUCGACGAGUGUUCCCAGAGCAUCGGCCAUCUGUGUACCUACAAGUGUGUGAAUGCUCCAGGCAGUUACCAGUGUGCUUGUCCUGAAUACGGAUACACCAUGUCUCCAAACGGACGAUCUUGCAGAGAUAUCGAUGAGUGUGCCACAAGGGCCCAUAACUGCUCUUUGGCUGAGACCUGCUACAACAUCCAGGGAGGCUACCGCUGCCUUUCUUUCAGGUGCCCACCAAACUACCGCAAAGUGUCUGACACUCGCUGUGAGCGCAUCAGCUGUCCCAACUACCUGGAGUGCCAAAACUCUCCUCUGAGAAUCACCUACUACUACCUCAGCUUCCAGUCCAACAUCGUCAUCCCUGCUCAGAUCUUCCGCAUCGGACCGUCUCCUGCCUACUCCGGAGACAACGUCAUCGUCAGCAUCACGCGGGGAAACGAGGAAAACUACUUCAGCACGAGGAAGCUGAACGCCUACACGGGCGCUGUGUACUUGCACCGACAAGUUCAGGGUCCGAGGGAUUUCCUAAUCGACGUAGAGAUGAAGCUUUGGAGACAGGGGACGUUUACCACGUUCCAGGCCAAGAUCUAUGUCUUCAUCACAGCCAGCUCACUCUAACAGCCGGAGCUGUGCUGUGGCCAGUAUGGACCUUAAUGCAGUUCACGAGGACUUUUCAUAUCACUAUUUAACGACGCCACUGUCUGUCACGAGGAGUCUGAAUACUUACCCUUGCUUUUAUCCAGAUGAAGUUAGUAUUACGACAUUGCCAUAAAUGUAGUUGAAUAUUCAGAAAGGAGCUUUGUGUCACUUUUACUCUGUGAUUGCAUGGAAACAUUUUUUUUCUUGCAUAUCUUUUAUAAGCAUUCCGUAUUUUGAAAGUUUUAAAGAUUGAGUUGAAAAUAAUAUAUUUGAGAAUACAAAAAUGUUCAUGGCACCACAAAAAUAUAACUUUUUGCCAUUGUACUAGCAGCUUCUAUAUAUCGUAGUUUUCUGCUCACAUGAUCCUGUCAUGGCAAUUUGUAGCUUAAUAAUUGUGAAAAAGCAGAAUUUUUCUUAGUUUCUUUGAGUUUCCAUUACAGAACAACUAUAUGUCUCAUUUCAUUUAACCUGCACUGCUGUCUAUGUUCUGUCUUUGAAGUAUUUAAAAAACUAAUUUAACAUUAAUCUUUAUGGUGUGUUUAUGCAUCCCUUUAAUCAGAUAUAUUAUGCACGGAUGUAUCAUAUUUUUUUAUGCUAGAUUCAAGUAUUUUAGAAAAAUAUUUAAAAAGCACCACUGCGUUCUGGUGAAUGCUGGCUAUUAUUAUUUUAGAAGGAACUAUUGCUUGAGGAGAAGUCUCAGUUUUGUAAUAAUUCCUCAGUUGUUUUCACUUCUUACGCACAAGUUCUGUCUAAUACUCUGUAUAAUGUGUGAACAUUCCCAGUGAAGCUGUUAAAAUAUAUAAUUCAUCCUUGUCAGAGCAUUGCACACAGUAAAUAUCCUAUUUACAUAGCUGUUCACACCUCGCAAGUGAACUCAACAUGAGCGUCAUCCAUCAUCGCGCGGCAGUUCAUGCACACACAUUUUAUGACGGCCAGUAAAAGUAAUGGCCAUGUAGUGUUUAAUAUCGGAAAUAAAAUGACUGAAGUCUUCUUGUA